AUGGCAUUAGUUCACCAGCCAAUACCCCCAUUUGUUACUUCGAGAUACAACAAGAGUAAUACUGCCAGUAGCAGUAGCAGCAAUGGUGUCAACACACGUAUUAGAGAGCUUGAUGUUUCUCAAACCACACAUCAUACUUACAUGGUCAGUUUUUACAACGAUCGAAUCUAUACAGUCGUAACCCAGACUGCUUCGAUCGUCGACGAAUGGAUAUCGAAAAUCUACUAUGACUUCCAUGAUAAACUUAAUAAUUUGGUUGUGGGUCUGGAUUGCGAGUGGAGGGUAAACUUUGAGAAAGGUGGUACUCGGAAUAAGAUAGCUGUAUUGCAACUUUGCAAAUUCAUAUUUGUUGGAGUUGGAGUUGGAGUUGGAGUUGCUGAAGAUGGCGAUAAACUUUUUGAAGAUUAUGGAUUAUCAGUUGCAAGAACAAUUGAUCUUCGAACAUUGGCCGCAGAAAAACUGGAUUUUGAAGAACUUGAGGGGACUGGUUUGAAGGGUUUGGCAUUUACGGUUCUAAGGCGAGAUCUACCAAAGCCGAAAAAUGUUACAUUAAGUAGAUGGGAUGCGAGUUUAUUAACAUAUAGACAGAUACAAUACGCAUGCUUAGAUGCUUUUGUUUCGUUCAAGUUGGGUAUUGUUUUGAUGCGUGGGUUUAAGGGAAAUCUCUACCACUUGUUUCAGUACAGUAGGAACCAGAGGUAUUAUAUAGAUUAGUUAGAAGGAUUUUUAAGCAGUUGAAGUUUGAUAAAUUUUCUAUUAUAUAGAUUAGCUAGAAGGAUUUUUAAUCAGUUGAAGUUUGAUAAUAUUUCUAUGAAUUUA